AAAUACAUAAAUAAUAUUAGCCUAAUGCAUGUUUAUAAAGUUGUCAAAUUGGGUACAUUGCUAUUCCUGCAUGCAUAGUUUAGCACUAGACUACAUCCCCUCUGAAGGCAGAAAAACUGUAAAGGGAUUAUUUAUGAAUACAUGAAGAAUUGUUACAAUUAUAUAGCCUAUACUAUCCAAGUACAUUUUCUCUAUUUGUUCAUGUGACGCAUGGGUGGGGUUUUGAUUGUGGUAAUAUAGCUUUUUGUCAUGAUAAAAUAAAAUAAAUAUGAAGUAUAAAGUUGUCAUGUAAAAGUGGAGACAAAAGAGGAACAAAUGUUUGAGUAACUGCUCAACAUAGGGAGGUCUGCGCUGCUGCUCGCGACACUUGGUCGGAAAAGGCAGGCUUAAAAUGUAUCGCCAGAAGAAAGUAGAAGCGUACUGAGGGGGAGAGGAAGAAGUUCGCAAGGAGAGGCAGGACUACUCUUGGGAGCCCUGCAGUCUCACUUUUAUGCCUCCAAAAUACUUUCCUUCCAGUUUCUUUGCAUCUAGCAAUAUUGUUAUAGUAUUUUCACAAGAAUAACCUGACUUUUUAAAAACUGAAACGACCAUGGAGCUGCUUUGCCUCGAAAUGGACACCAUCUUAAGAGCUCGUCCUGAUCCGAAUCUUCUGUGUGAUGACAGGGUCUUACAAAGCCUGUUGACCAUUGAAGAACGAUUUAUUCCCCAAUGUUCUUAUUUCAAGUGCGUUCAGAAAGAUAUUCAGCCAUUUAUGCGGAGGAUGGUUGCUACUUGGAUGCUGGAGGUUUGUGAAGAACAGAAGUGUGAGGAAGAAGUUUUUCCCUUGGCGAUGAACUACUUGGACAGAUUUUUAGCCGUGGUUCCAACCAGAAAGUGUAAUCUGCAACUUCUUGGAGCAGUUUGUAUGUUCCUUGCAUCCAAAUUGAAAGAAACUCGUCCAUUAACUGCAGACAAACUCUGCAUCUACACAGAUAACUCCAUCAGACCACAGGAGCUGCUGGAGUGGGAGCUGGUGGUGCUGGGGAAGUUGAAGUGGAACCUGGCGGCUGUCACACCAAACGACUUCAUCGAACAUAUCGUGAGGAAGCUGCCGUUGCCCGAGGACAAGCUGGCGCUGAUACGUAAACAUGUGCAGACCUUCAUCGCCCUCUGUGCCACAGACUUCAACUUCGCCAUGUACCCCCCAUCCAUGAUCGCAACGGGCAGUGUUGGAGCGGCUAUCAGUGGCCUUCAGUUGGACUCGGGUGACCAGUCUCAGUGGGGGGACAGUCUCACAGACCUGCUGGCAAAAAUCACAAACACAGAAGUGGACUGUCUGAAGGAGUGUCAGGAGCAGAUUGAGAGGGUCUUGGUGAGCAGCCUGCGUGAGGGGCGGCAGCAGCAGCAGCAGCAGCAGGUCCAGCAUGGCCCCUGCAGUAAGACCAUGGACGAGCUGGAUCAGUCCAGCACCCCAACGGAUGUUCGUGACAUCAACUUGUGAGCCUGCAAGGAGCAGUAGCACAUCCGAAAUAAGCAUCAAAUCAACAUUAAAAAAACAAAAAACAAAAAACAAACUCCCCCUCGAAAAAAGUGCUUGCUAGUUUUUGUAGAGAUGUUAAAAAAAAUGUACCACAAAAACAUGCGCCCAUGUAUUUUACGAUAUAUCAAAGCUAUUUUUAGAUAUAAAAUAGAUAUCCUUUAAAAGCUCUGACUUGAUACAAGAAAGCUCAAUGGUGCCUCAGAUAUACAGACGGGAAGCCAAUCAUAUUUUGAGUUCUGUUUUUGAUUGUUUAAUCAUAAUAAAGUUAUAUUGAAUAUGAAAACAAUAGCUUAAUAAGGCUUUUUAAAAAGUAGUGGUGAGUCCAUUCAAGGCUUGCAUAUAUGGGAUCACAUUUGGGGCAAGGUUUUUCUGUUUUUUUUUUUUUUUUUUUUUUGGUACAUGUUGGUCUGCCUGAGAUAGGAGCCCCAUAUGGGCUACACUGAGAGUGAAUGGCAGGGCUCAACAUGACAUGGUUUGGCUGUGUGUUGGUGUUGAGUGGAGCACUUUGCAUGAAUUGCGGCAUAUUGUGCUAAGAAAGAGACAAGUAGGGUCCCAAGUCCAGGGAACAGCCAAGUAUAUAAUAGUGAAUUACAUUAUUAUUAUUAUUAUUAAGAAACAUAUUCGUGAAUAAAGAGUAAUAGACGUCAAUAAGCUCUUUUUGUCAGGCUGCUUGUUCGUAUGUGUGUGGGCAUGCAUCUCUGUGUGUGAGUGGGUUGGUGUGACUGCCGUGUGUGUGUGUUGAAGCGUUAUGGCUUUGCACUUGAGUGGGAAGACUAGACUAGUGAUAAACUAUGGAACAGGCAGGAGACCGGGAUUCUUUGCAGGGCAUCUAUGUUAAAUCACUGCCUUCAGUUAAUAUGCUUUGUCAGCCGACAAAAAGCAGGGGGUCUGAGUCCACAUAGUGGGUAGAGGAACGGUGAGAGGGAUGGAGAGAGAGGAGAGAGGGGUGGCUGUUUUCCCUCGUUUUGUUUGGAGGAGUCAGCAGUGGACCCUCUGUUUUAGAAGUUUCAUUUCUAGGUGUUUGUUUUUCACUGCCAACAUACCAAUCAAAUAUAGGCAGAUAGCGUUUGUAUUUUCAUGUUAUUGUUUUGUUCUUUUGGAGUUAUGGAAGGAGCUUCAGGCUGUUUAGUGUCAGUAAGGAGGAGUAUGUGCCUCUAGGUGGUGGAUGGAGGGGUUUGGGGGGUGGACAUGCUGCUGUGUAGAAGAGGGAGGAGGUGUAGGUGAGUUGCUGAAAGAUACAGGAGAGGAGCCUAAAAGGCCUCAUAUGAUAUCUAUCCGAUUUCUGCGUUUUGGGCCGAUCGAGGCCACGGAUGACGAAUUAGGAUCAAAACCAGACUUUACGCUGCCACCGCAUUAUUUGAGAAUGAACUUUAUUGGUUCAUUAGAGGACAGAGAAAUGUAUUGGAGCAGGGGAAGAUUUGUGAUCAAUGCAUCUGUAGUCCCUCAUAGUUAUUUCAACACGCCUAUGAUUUCAACAGCAAAGCACUUUGAAAACACACUCCCCAAGGGACAAAUUAAAUGGUUACGGUGUGGGGAUCUAUGGAUGUUUUCUGUUUUCUUGUGAGCUUUUUCUUUGAUUUAAUUUGUAGGGCUGGUUUCCCCACAUUAAGGCCUAACACCUUACGAUAUGAGGACAUUCCGAUUGAAAAACAUUCCGAAAGAAAGUGCAAGGUGAAAGGGCCAUCUUGACCAUUUCGUGUGUUUUAGCAAAUAAUUAGUGCCAAUGCCAAUUUUAAAAAGGCUACAGACCUUUAUGAUUUCAGUUUUAUGAUUUUGUUUUAGAAGUUAUCACAUUAUGAAAUAUUUGUUAUACUUGAAUUUUCUAUUUGAUCUGCUUCACAGCAACAAAAAAAGUCACAUGGGCGAUGAACUAUAAAGAAAAUGUUACCAUAACAUCUGAUCUUUGCACAUGUUCUGAGGGCAAUUGAGGUAUUCUUUCAAACAGAUGAAGCUGGUCUAUAUUCAAGGCUACCUUAUCGAUUGUUUUGCUCGUAGAGCCUGGCCUGUUGUCUAUGGUGAUGCCCAUGUGUAGCGGUCUCUGUGAAUCCCUCUCCUCCAGAGUGAUUUGCUGCUUCAGUCACUUCAUUGGCAUGGGGUUCAAUCAGUUACCCAAACGUCAGAAUUAAACAAAUUCACUUCCAAGACUGACAACAGGGUACAUCGCCAGCACAAGGUAGCUUUCCUUUGACUCACACAAAAUUCUCAAUGCUACAUUUAAAGGGGGAUUGGGGCUUUGGUGUGUGUGUGUGUGGGUGUGUGUGGGUGUGUGUGUGGUAGGUAUGAGGGGAAGUUGAGGAUUCAGUGUUUUAGCAGGCUAACGUUUUCGAGAAACGAAUCCUAUAAACCAAGCCAUUUUCAACCUCUCAACAAAACUAGCCCCUGUUCAUCAUUGUCAAGAAUGUCAGCCUUUUUUUGUUUUUUGCAAGCUCUAUUCUGAGCAAAGGUUAUGGUUUGUUUUGUUUUUGGACUGUGUUAGGUUUGAAUUUGUAAAUACACCUCCUUAAAAAGUUGUGUUUGUUUUAUUUUAUGGGGUGUCCAGACCCAAAAGAGUUUGUGGAGUGUUUGUAAGGGGUUAGAUACUGUAUUCCAAAGUGAAGAGAGAUGGAGGUGGUGUGAAGACAUCACAAAGUGUCAAUAUUUGUAUUGAGUUAUUAUUAUUAUUAUUGUCUUUUUGCGCUGCUAAUAGCUAUGAUUUUGUUUCAUUCUUAUAUAUAAAAAAAAUAACAUGACUUAGUUGUGAUGUCACUUGAGUGUGCUGCUAUUUUAUAAACAUUUGUAUUAUAAUAUAAUGAUUUUACUGCUUAAGAGAUACAUUCAGAAUACUGAAGUAGAUGGUGAUAGAAAACCAUGAAAUAAGUAUUCGACUGGAAAUGUUCUUUGUACAGUUUGCUUAGAUAGCAUGUUUUCUUUUCCAUUGGAUCUAUUUUGCUCUCCUUUCUCGGUCACAUUCUGCAAAUGCGGUAUCUCUAUACCUCAGGUUUACUGGACAAAAAAAAAAUCAUAUCUCAAUACCUCUCAACUCUACAGUUUAGGGAGCCUGGGAAGGGUAACAGUACAGCAGAAAGCACAGUAGUUUGUCUGUUGUGAAAUGUACUGACCGUGUUGGGCGGCAUACAAUGCAAGGCUCCCACCUGGACUUAAACCCUAGUGGAGGGGACACAACAACCAGUCACCACUUCCUCGGUCAGUUUAAAGUGAUACCAUGUUCAUGGUGGUGCUAAAUGUGAGACUCAUGUGGCGUUCAUUGCAAAGACAAAUGUGAAAAUGUCUCAAAUAUCAUUGAUGAUUACAUGGUUUGUAACAUUUACAUUGAAUGUCAAUAGAUUUUGGUUCCUACGCUUGAUUUGAUGAGCUUAGUUGACCUGGUGUGUGCCAGGUUUUAUUGUCUGGAAAACCAAUACAAAAUGGCUAAACCAAUCAAACACCUCACCACAUACUGUAUCUGACAUGAGGAAGUGUGUUUCAACAGCGUGGAUUUCUCUUUAGUUGUCCCCUUCCACUAGGAAUUACAUCAUGUACCUCAAAUGUCUGUUGCACAACCUCUGUUCAAUAAACUUCUGCUUUAAAGAGUGUGACACCAUAUCAGUCCAAUGUUAUUCUCACUUCUUUCUUUUUGUAUGUCAUUAUGGUUAGUGGAGCAGAUUGUGGGCUGUGAUUGUGAACAUACAGUGAGGUGAACAUUAGAGGUUGCUGUAGUCAUGAAACCAAGAGGACUGGGGAGAUGUUAGUGGAGUGGCGCUGAGAUUGUGUGGCGGGUGGCAGACCGCAGUAUUAUGAAGGGCUAAAAUAAAUUCUCAUUAAAAACAAAAGCUAAGAAGACAGACAUCAUAUUUACCCCCUGCUUGAAAAACAUCCCAUUAAGAACAUAGACAGCUUAAAUCAAUUGGGCGGUAGACAAACAAAUUGGGUGAAUGUGGUUAUUUCUGUUGCUUCCCUUGUAUGACAUCCUCUGAAGUUUAAACACACUCUAAUCAGUCCAGUUUCAGGCAAGUGGGGGAUUGGUGUCUGAGUUUGUCCACUGACUCUGGGGCCCUAAGGCACUCUUAUGCAGCUUGUUAGGCUGUUUUUGAGGGGGGGACUGGUUCAUGUAGGCCUAGUAAGUGAAUAAGUUGGUUUCAAAGUUCUGUAUUGAUAACUUCUGUUUAUGAUUAAUCAGCUCUUUAUUGGUCUGUUUGAAAGGAUCAGUUAAAGUGUUGUUAAGGAUCAAGGCAUGCUGUAUGAUCAAUAAACUCACCAUGAAUGAAA